AAAAAACGAAAACAAAUUUAUCCAAGUACAACCAAAAAACCUUUUGAUUUUAAACAUUAAGACAUCUAAUAAUUUAAGUGUGGUAAAUACCUUAAUAAGUAAAUCCUACCAUAAGUGAGCGUGUGUUUGUGUACGCGCGCAAAUAGGAAGGGGGAAGUGGAAGUGAAAUAUCUUCCGUUCUUUUUCCACUCUGCUACAUAUUUCUUUCUAAUAUACCAACAUUAGAAACAGCAAAAAAAAAACGGGAAGAACGUCAAAAGUGGAGGAAGGAACCAACUAUUAAGACAGCCAACUAGCUAGCCACCAAGUCUUCAGUCAAUCAAGUUACCAAGAAUGAGAAUAAGGCCAGAAGCAUGAGGCAAAGCAAGAAGUAAAGUAGCAAAUUAAAAGUAGCGAGGAAAAAUACCUACAUACUUACUUAGUAUAACAAAACUAGCAACCCAAAAGCACAAGAGCAAAAGUACUCAUUUACAAAUAAGCAAAAUCCUGAACAACAGAACCUAAAGUGGCAACCAAAAAGAACCUGCAACAUUAUGAUUUAAUAAGCAGCUAGGAGUAGAAAAAUAGCAUAAAUCUUAUUCGCGAAUACAAGAAAAAAUAAUAAUGCACAUAGUAUGUAUGUAAAUGUAACGCACAAUACGAUAAAAGUGUUGCGAAGGCGAACUUGAAUUGACAUUAAAUGGGCAAAGUGCGCAACAAUCGCACAAACGACGAACGAAAGCAGCAUCAACAACAACAGCAACGGCAGUAUCGACAACAGCAGAGGCACAAACAUAAAAGUGUAAUUAGGUGAAUUACACACACACGCACACAAUUGAAACAGAAUAAUUUUUAUGAAUUGGAUUCAUUUGCCACUUGAAGGCGAAAGUGAAUGCGAAAAAGUACACAAAGUGGAAGCAGCAAACAAGAAAUUCAUACAUAUAUGUAUGUGUAUUUAACACAAAAAAAAAAAAAAUACUGUGCAAUAUAGUAUGCAUGUAUGGUUAAUAAAUUAUUUUAAUAUCAAUACCGUAGAAAAAAACGAAUAUUUACAAUUGAAUCCACCCAAAAAUAUUUAAAAAAAUAUUUAAAAAAUAACGUAAACGCUUGCAUUCGUUAAAUUAUCAGUGAUCUUGUUUUAAAAAAGGCGCACGCGCGCCCCACCGUUUCUCUACAGCAGCAGCAGAGUAAAAUUGUGCGUGUGCGUGUGUGUGUGUGUGUGGUAUUGUGCGCGCAACUCGGAGGAUUUCCGUUUCAUUAUCACCUUUUGAAUUGGUCUUCGUCAACGAUAAAAUAGCCUUGCUGUUAUCGAAUCAUUGAUAUAUCUUUCGAAACAUUUUGUGAAACUGCAAACGCGACAUCUGCCAACGAUUAGUGCGAUCCCACAACUUCCGUUUAAAUAUCGUUCCUAAGCUCGUUCAUUGUGCAUCCUUUGCAGUGGUAUCCUUUCCAUUUGAAACGCUUUUAAUAAAUUUGAUCUACACAAUGUUUACGGGAAAAUUACAAAUAAAAGUUUGUGAGGCAAUCGGGCUACGACCAACCGAUUUUCAAAAGCGCCACAAUUUGACAUUCGGAAAGUUGGCCGACGAACAGCCGAUCGAUCCUUACAUAUCGAUCGAUGUCGACGAUAAUCAUUUUGAUCGCUCUACAACGCGACCCAAGACAUUCGAUCCAGUUUGGAAUGAGCAAUUCGUUCACGAUGUUACCAAUGCAAAAAAUAUUAAUUUGACGGUAUUUCACGACGCAGCGCUGCCACCGGAUGAUUUUGUUGCCAAUUGCCAAAUACCUUUUGAAGAUAUUAUGCAAAAUGAAACGGGUGUACUUGAUCUAUGGGUGAAUUUGGAGCCACAGGGUAAACUACAUAUUAUAAUCGAAUUAAAGAAUCGAGUUGAUUCCAAUAAGGAUGUUGCUGAAGUGGUGGAAGCGGUUACCCAAAACAAAGAAUUCAAAGAGCGCGCUGGUUUCAAUCGCCGUCGCGGUGCCAUGCGGCGGCGUGUGCAUCAGGUAAACGGACACAAGUUUAUGGCGACUUUCUUGCGACAGCCGACUUUUUGUUCCCAUUGCCAAAAAUUUAUUUGGUAAGUACACGGCGCGUAUUUGCCACAGAAAAGUCAACGCAUGCGACAAAUCGCUGUGGCGUUGGAGGUAUAAAAUCAUCCUUACCAUAAACCUGCUAUUUACCAUAAUCAUAUUAAAAUAUAUUCUUAAUUUAUACGCUCAUAACAGUGAAUAACUGUAUUUAGUUACUAUCCUUUUCACCAUUUGGUUAUCGCAGUAUAAUUUGGUCACAUUACACUUCCGGUUCUUAUUGAAUUUUCUUGU